AGAUCAGCAGGGAAUCAUUGAGACUGUCCACUUACAUGAGCUGAUGCAUAGCGCGGCAAUGGGGGGCGGAGCCCUAUUUGGGUGCUCCUCAGCCGGCCAUAGUGGCAUCAACCAACUUGGCGGAGUGUAUGUCAACGGCAGGCCGCUGCCAGACUCCACGCGCCAGAAGAUCGUGGAGCUGGCGCACUCGGGCGCGCGGCCCUGCGACAUCAGCCGCAUCCUGCAGGUCUCCAACGGCUGCGUCUCCAAGAUACUCGGCAGAUAUUACGAGACGGGGUCAAUAAAGCCCCGAGCGAUUGGCGGGUCUAAACCGAGAGUGGCCACGACACCCGUGGUCCAGAAGAUAGCUGACUACAAGAGGGAGUGCCCCUCAAUCUUCGCGUGGGAGAUCAGGGAUCGUCUGCUGAGCGAAAACGUGUGCAAUAAUGACAACAUUCCUAGUGUAUCUUCAAUCAACCGUGUUCUACGGAAUCUAGCAUCGCAAAAGGAGCAAGCGGCGUCGGCGCAGAACGAUAGUGUUUAUGAAAAGCUGAGGAUGUUCAAUGGUCAGGCGGCCACGGGCUGGUGGUACCCUGGACUACCAGCCGCACCAGCGGCACCUGCGAUCCCUGCACCAUUACCACCGCAGCUCAAUAGAACACCUACUGAAGAACAUAAAAGAGCAGAUCCAUUACAAUCGGAGGCUGGGUCAGACGGCAAUAGCGAGCAUGCAUCAUCGGGAGACGAGGACUCGCAGAUGAGGUUACGACUGAAGAGGAAGCUGCAGAGAAACCGGACCUCCUUCACCAAUGAUCAGAUAGAUAGCCUUGAGAAAGAAUUCGAACGGACGCACUACCCGGAUGUGUUCGCGCGGGAAAGACUGGCUGAAAAGAUUGGAUUGCCUGAGGCACGUAUCCAGGUAUGGUUUUCGAACCGGCGAGCGAAGUGGCGUCGCGAGGAGAAGCUUCGGAGUCAAAGACGUGAUGCUCCCGCUGCAUCACCACCUGCACCACCCACGCCACGGCUACCGCUCAAUGGAGGCUUCAACUCAAUGUACAGUCCCAUACCGCAACCCAUUGCAACUAUGGGAGAGUCUUAUAGCGCGAUGUCGGGCGGGCUGACUUCGUCGUGCCUGCAGCAGCGGGAUGGCGGGUACCCCUACAUGUUUGGCGACGUGCUGGGCAGCGGAGGCUACUCCAGAGCACCUGCAGCUCAUCAACAACACGCUGCGUAUUCACAGCCACAGGGAACUGCGGGCACUGGAGUAAUAUCAGCAGGCGUGAGCGUGCCUGUGCAAAUCCCAUCACAAGGGCCGGACCUCGCAUCGAAUUAUUGGGGACGGCUUCAGUGA